UAGCCUGUGUGGUCUUGUUGCAGCCAAAAGAAGUUUUUUAAACCAGGUGCUCCAAUGGCUAUAGGACACCCCUGCAACUCCUCUUCUUCCUAUAUCUUCUUCAAUUAACACCUCGCUUUCAAAAACUUUAUCAACUUUUAUCCAUAACCUAUCUCAUGGAAUCCAUUGAAAUCAGCAUCUCCGCCAUUCUUUCCUGGAUCAGACUAGGCUGUUCAUCUAAUGGUAACAGUAAUUUCAACAAUUGAGUCGUCUGUUUGCUGAGCUGAAUAUCUUCUUCGUACUCGAAAUUGUCGAAGCCAUGGAGGAGGAGAGACACGUUCUGUUUGGAAAGUACGAGAUGGGGAGGCUUCUAGGGAAAGGCACGUUCGCCAAAGUGUUCUACGGAAAACAUGUUGUUUCAGGCGAAAGUGUUGCCAUUAAAGUCAUCAACAAAGACCAGGUGAAAAGGCAAGGGAUGAUGGAGCAGAUCCAAAGGGAAAUUUCUGUUAUGAGAUUAGUUCGUCAUCCGAAUAUCGUCGAACUGAAGGAAGUCAUGGCGACAAAGACGAAAAUUUUCUUUGUUAUGGAAUAUGUCAAAGGCGGAGAACUCUUCGCCAAGGUUGCCAGAGGGAAGCUGAAAGAAGAUCUGGCGAGAAAAUAUUUUCAACAGUUAAUAAGCGCGGUUGAUUUUUGCCAUAGUAGAGGAGUCUCCCAUCGUGAUUUAAAGCCAGAGAAUUUGUUGUUAGACGAGAAUGAAGAUCUGAAAAUUUCGGAUUUUGGUCUCUCGGCUUUGCCGGAACAGUUGAGAAACGACGGCCUCCUCCACACGCAGUGCGGGACUCCGUCGUAUGUGGCGCCUGAAGUCUUGAGAAAGAAAGGCUACGACGGAGCCAAAGCUGACAUCUGGUCAUGUGGGGUGAUUUUAUACGUUCUUCUUGCGGGAUUUUUACCCUUUCAGGAUGAAAAUUUGAUGAAGAUGUACACUAAAAUUUUCAAAGCCCAGUUUGAAUGUCCCCCAUGGUUUUCAGCUGAACCAAAGAGAUUGGUUUAUAAACUUCUUGUGCCUGAUCCUGGAAGAAGAAUCACAAUCCAAGCCAUCAUGCGGGUGCCCUGGUUUCGAAAAGGCCUCAUUCGACCUCCAAUUUUUUCGAUCGAAUUAGAAUCAGAAAAAGAGAAACCAGAAGAUCAGGAUACUACAAAACUCCCAUCUCCGAAGUUUUUCAAUGCGUUCGAGUUCAUUUCCUCCAUGUCUUCAGGGUUCGAUUUAUCGAGCUUGUUCGAGAGCAAAAGGAAGAUGGGGUCGAUGUUCACGUCCAAGUGUUCAGCCAGUGCGAUAAUGGAGAAGAUUGAAGGGGUAGCAAAGGGGAUGAAUUUUAAAGCGGCGAAACUUAAGGAUUUCAAAGUUAAGUUACAUGGCGGUUCAGAAGGAAGAAAAGGGCGGCUUUCGGUGACGGCGGAGGUGUUUGAGGUGGCGCCAGAGGUGGCAAUCGUUCAGUUCUCAAAGUCCUCCGGUGACACGCUGGAGUAUGCCAAGUUUUGUGAAGAAGAUGUUAGGCCAGCAUUGAAAGACAUUGUUUGGACAUGGCAAGGUGACAACAACGGCGAAGAUUCUGAAAGCAAUUCGUUUUCAUAGAAUUUUUUUAAAAUAUAAUUUUCCUUUGUUAUAGGUUUUGGUAUGGUUUGUAAAUAUUUUGGGACGAUCAUUUCUUUACAUGAAUAUAUUUAUCUUUUUAUAUUACAUGAAAAAUCAAUUUUACGAGAAUAAA